AUGAUAACUUCAGAGGACAGAAUAUCCACAAUCCUUAAUGUUGGGUUGAAGGAACAAUUAGCCAAAUUUAAAAACUAGUCAUUUCGAAAAAGACAAUUAUUUAAGGAACCAGAACUAAGGAGAAAAAGUACUGAUUAUUGGCUUGCUUCAGAUAAGGAGAAGCGUCUUGACUUGUUUAUGCCAACAGAUGAGCAUGAAGAAUUGAAUAAAAAAUUAUUAUUAAGAUGUAAUACGAAAACCCUUGUAGUUAAACGAGCAAAAGGUCUAAUUAGAAACGAGGUCAAAUCAAAAUCAUUUUAAUCUAUAAACAACACAGUUUAGAACAAAAUUUUUUAUAUGAAAAAGUCAGCACAACAUUUGGAUAAACUAGCUGAUUUUGAGACGCCUUCAAAGAAAGUUAAUGGAUUUGAAAACAUGAUCAAAUCAAAAAAUUAUGAAAUUUAUAUCAGAGGAAGAACUAAUUGUAUGAUUAGAAAUUAUAUUAAUGAAAUUUUCAAUUGCGACUAAAAACCUGAUGUGAACAUUUCCAAAAGAAUAUAAACUUUACCAAAUACGUAAAUUAAAAAAUAUAAACAUCCACUUGAUAGAAAUGAAUAAAUUCUUAGGACAUAUAAUUCAAAAUAAAAUGAUAUUAUUUUGAAAUCUCUAAGAUUUUGA